AAAUAAGGUAGAAAUUCGCACCCAACCAAACAGGUUCUAAACUCUAUCUGUACGUCACUUUAUUUUAUUCUUUCCAGUUUUUUCACUCUCUCACUCACCAAAAUUCCCUUUCUUCUUACCUUCCGAAUUAUACCCCCAUUUUCCUCCGCCACUCGCCGCCGCCGCCGCCGCGCCGGAUUAUCUACGGCCGCCAUAUCUGGCACCAACCGUCGCUGCGAAUCUAAACCUCUAUGUAUUGCAAAAAAAUCCGGUUCUUAGGGUUUAUAUUCAGCUCCGUUUUAAUCCUCGCCGCCGGUUAAUUCGAUUGAAUCAACAGAAAACCAAUGCUAGUGAUUGUCGGGAUAUUACUGAUUUUCGGACUCGUGGUUCGUCACAAGUGGAGGAAUGGGGCUGCUAAGAAAGAGGAGAUUCUGAGGCUGGUGGCUGUGGCAUCGGAAGAAGAGGCGAACGUUGCUAAGCUUCAAGCUAUUGAGGAGUACCACAAUUCGCCGCCGCCACCGCCGCCGCCUCAUCAUCUACAGCCGCAGCUCGAGAAACAGUAUUAUUGCGCUGUUUGUCAUUGCCCCACCACUACUAGGUGCUCUCGGUGUAAAGCUGUUAGAUACUGUUCUGGUAAGUGCCAAAUUAUUCAUUGGAGACAUGGUCACAAGGAUGACUGUCAGCCAGCGAUUUCAUUGCAUACUAGCAAGGAAGGUGAAUUUACUUUUGAGACAGCUUCAGAAAACCAGUUUGCUAUGCAUUUGAAUGAUGAAGCUAAACUUUAUUCUGAUCCCAGUCAAGAACUUGAUGACUCUGGAUCUUCAAGUAGCUCGGCGUCUUGCUUCUUUUCUUCAACUGAACGAAGUGAAACAUCAUUUGAUUCUUCUACCGGUGAGGCUGUUGAGUUAGAAACUCCUAUCAGCCCAGAUAAAGCAUCUUCCAUUGAUAUUAAUUCUCAAAUGUCAAGAACCUCUUCGGAAUUUGAUGAUGCAGAUGUACCAAGUCCAUCCCGUCAUGUUUAUUCUGUAGAUAAAAGAAAAGGACAAGAAUUGCCUUUGUUGGAAGAGUUUGUACAGGGGGCAGUUGAGUUGAGGACUUCUCAACCAUCUACUUCUGCAAGGUCAUCUUCAGCAGCAGAUGGGAAAAAUCGAGUACAUAUGUCUACUAGUAAAGCGACAAAAUCUGUAUCUUUUAGGCCUUCAGAUAAUCAUCAAAUGCCAAAUGUAGAACUGAGUUCAGUAUGCUCAAAGUCUUUGAAGAUGGCUUCUUCACAUGAAUACUGGGAAAAUGAAUCAAAAUUUCGCAACAGUAAGGAAACAAGAUCUAUGACAACAAAUAAGAGUUCAGGAAAUUGUCAGAAGCUGCCUAUAAAAACCGUCAGUUCUCAUGCUAUUUCUUCAGAGAUUGAAGAUGCAAGUAAUUUGACACAAUCUACGAGCAAAGGUCUGAAAACAUCAGUAAGGAAAUUUGUACAAAAUUUUAGAGCACCAAAGCCGUCGAAGUCCUGCACAUUUGAUAUGGUGAAGGAUUCUGGUGGAAACUAUAAUCAGAAGGUCAUAUUUCCCCUGAAGCUUUUCAUGCAAUUGUAUUCCUGUGACGAUGUGGAACUGCAUCCAUUUGGCCUUGUGAACUGCGGAAACAGCUGUUACGCAAAUGCUGUGCUGCAGUGUCUGACUUUUACUCGGCCGAUUACUUCUUAUCUUCUUCAAGGAUUGCAUUCAAAAACAUGUCGGAAAAGGGAUUGGUGCUUUAUAUGCAAGUUUGAACACUUAAUUCAGAAGGGACAGGAAACAAGAUCUCCUUUAUCUCCUGUUGGAUUACUGUCUCUAAUCCAGCCGAUUGGAAGAGAAGAAGAUGCACAUGAGUUUUUAAGAAAUGUGGUAGACAAAAUGCAAUCUAUAUGUCUCGAGGAAGCUGGUGCUUCUGGUAUACUGGCAGAAGACUCAACCCUUAUGGGUCUGACAUUUGGCGGUUAUCUUCGAUCCAAGGUUAAGUGCAUGAAGUGUUUAGGGAGAUCUGAGCGAUGUGACCAAAUAAUGGAUCUUAGUGUUGAGAUAGAAGGGAAUAUAUAUACACUUGAAGAGGCUCUUGUGCAAUUUACGACAUCUGAAACACUUGGAGGGGAUGACAAAUAUAAGUGCAGCAGAUGCAAGUCUUAUGAGAAAGCCAAGAAGAAAUUAACGGUACUCGAGGCACCGAACAUUCUUCCAAUUGUUCUGAAGCGAUUUCGGUCAGGCAAUUUAGAGAAGCUGAACAAGCUAGUUCAGUUUCCCGAGGUUCUGAACCUCUCUCCUUAUAUGAGUGGGACGAACGAUAAAUACCCUGUAUACCAUCUUUAUGCUGUGGUCGUUCACUUGGGUGUAAUGGGUGCUGCUUACAGUGGUCACUACGUAAGUUAUGUCAAAGAUUUGCAGGGAGAUUGGUUUAGAAUUGACGACAGCAGGGUUAGCCAUGUGAACCUGCAAACAGUCUUAUCUUCAGAAGCAUACAUUCUCUUCUACGCAAGGCAUACUCCGCGGGGCUCAUCCUCUGUUAGGAACAGCACUACGUAUUCCGAUGGGAAAACCAAGCGAAGCAUGGAAGCAAUUUCUUCCAGCAACAACACCAAGAAGAAAAAUCCAAAAUCAAAACCGAGCUCUUUUAAUCGAAAUACCGAGCCCACAUUACCUCAUCAAAGGCCCGAUUGGAUGUCUCCAAAUGAUUUUACGGGCAACCAUGUGACAGAUCCUGAGCGUUGGUUGCAUAGAAAUCCAACGGUGGAUUCAUCGAGCGACAGUUCUUCGAUUUUCAGUGUAUCUGAUGCUGGCUCGUAUAGUACAGAUAGCACCAAAGACUCUAGUGCUGAUGAUAUAUCGGGCUAUAUAUUCGGGCCUAGCUGGUACCACCCGUAACGGGCUUUUGUUGGGCUUGAAUAUAUCUUUCACCGGAAACUGCUGAUAUCAUCAUCGGAAAAUGAAUCGAUCUUAUGAAGCUCCAGGAGAAGGUACAUUAUUAUUCCCAUGUAUACUAAGACUGCAAAAAAAAGGGUAGGAAAUUAAAUUAGUCAACUCUAAUAUAUAGUUUGUAGGAGUAGAUGAAAUUACAGCGCAUUUUACUAACCCGGCUUUUUUCGGAAAAUAAUCACGUUCGCCCUAAAAAUAGGGGGACGGUUGGAGUUGAGCAAGCUCAAACAUUUUUUUGUUCUUUUUGGCGUUUGAGUUUGUCGGUAAGUUUUACUAGGUUGUAAAUUAUCGGGCCCAAUUUGUAUUUUAAGCAGAUGGUGAUUAUUUGCCAAUUAAUCUAUCUAUAAAAAAGCUUUAUUUAAAGUUGAA